AUGCAUCCGGACGAGGCGAAUUCCGCGAUCACGGCGGUGUCGUCAGGCAACGCCGCCACACUUACCUACACUGUGGCGCCACACCCUUUUGGAUACCAGACUCUUUUCGCCAUCUUGAUCACCACUCCUCCAGGGAAGCAGGAAAAGGAGGGUCUCUUAAACUUUUGGCGGCGGGCCAUCGGAAGUGGGCCCGAGCAGCGUCAAAUUAAACAGUCUCAGACUGCCUUUGCGCGGUGUUUCGCGCGGCAGCUGGAGGUCAGAACCAGCUACGUUGUGGUGAGUGUGGCGUGUGCUCUGCUUUCGUAUGGUCAGCCAUACUGGGGCAUGCUUUGGGCGACGGCACAUGGCCUGUACUUUAGAGGCGGUGCAGGAAACAGUCGUUUUGUGUCCUCCCUCCUAAAAACGGGCGAGGCGCAGCAGAUAAUGGAAGCCACUGAGGACAAUGACGAGGACUGGGGAUGUGAAGCAGCGGCUGUGAGGGAGGUGUUGUCGUUCAGGGAUAUCGUAUCCCUGCUUCCCUCCAUUGCGCUUACGGUGGAGGAUGGUCCACCGUACGUGGUGGGCAUACCGAACCCUGUCGUGAGGCCAAACGCCUUACAAGUCUUUACAGUCUCUCCCAAUCAGAUCUAUCAGUUUGUUUACCUCCACUCACUGACGGUGAUCCCACCCUCGAGCCUCCCCGCCAAGGAGAGAAACCUUGAAAAGGUGUUAUUGCAGCACGAGUAUGACGCAAUUCGAACAUUCCCCAGUGACUUCGAUGCCGUGACUUUUUGCGCCUUAACCGAGCGGCUCUGGGAGGCCCGUCUGAAGACGCUGCAGAUACCGCUUUGUCGGGAUGGUGUCGAAUACGCCGCGAGUCACUGA